AUUCCAGAGGAAGUGGUAGGGGUUGGCACAAUUACAACACUUAAAAAGCAUCUGGCUAGUGAUAACCAGAUUCAACCUUAUAAAGAGCAUCUGAAGUUAAUGAUGUACAAACGGCUUGAGGACCUGCAGAAGUUAUGUGCACAACUCAAUCUAACAGAUAAUGCACAUCAGCAAUCAGGUGACCAACCCAGAAGGCCUAGUACUUCAAGAGGCCAAAGGUCAAACCGGCAGCAUUCACAAGACAGAAGGCAUGGGAAUUACCAGGGUUUUUCAGUAUUUAAGCCCACUGACGGCCCUGUCAGCUCCAGACAGCAGUCUUCUGAAUGGCCUGAAACUAGCAGUGGCACUCAGCCUGGGAGAGAGCCAAGGAAAUUUGGAAAUCACUACCGCCAGGCAAGUGGUCAGAAAGAAACUUCUGGAGCAAGUGCUGAAGGAAAGUCGAGAGGGCAGAGAGAUGGGCAACGAGGGAGGCACCCGCAUCAAAUGCAAAAUAGGUCAGAGAACACCUCUGCAAAGACGAGGUUUGAGCAUCGUGAACAGUCUGCGUCUCGCGUGAGAAAUCCCAGGUUCAGUGGAAUUCAGUCGAACUUGCUUGAUUUGCCUGUAAAAGGCAGUGUGGAGCAUAAGACACCAAGACAGCAGAAAGUAGAAGGACAGAGACAAAGACAGCGAAGUAGGCACCCACAUCAAGCGAAAAAUAGGUCUGAGAGCGUGUCGGCAAAAAAUAGGUCUGAGCAUCGUGACUCGUUUGAGCAUCAUACAAAAAAUCUCUGGUUGUAUGGAAGUCAGCCUAACCUGCUUGAUUCUUUCAGGGAAAACGUGAAGGAAAAUGAUAACCAUCGCCAACAGAAAUCACAAGGUAGAUCCCCACACUCUCAAGGAAUGGGCAGAACAAACCAGCCUGCUACCCACAAAAGUCAUUCACAGCAGAGUUACAAACAAUCUAGUAAUCAAACCCAGGGACAACACACAUCCACGUCCAAUCGUAGAACCAACCAACAGUCCCGGGCUGCCAGCCCUUCAGCAUCCCUACCCAGCAAACCCGUUCAACACAGGCAGUGGAAUAUAGACAGCCGAGAGCUCCAAAGGUUGGCCAUAAUGAAACCAGCAGAUGUUAUAAUGAGACUGGCCUCUCCCAGAAGUGGGCUCAAGGACUUCCUAAACCAAGCUAAUCCUGAAAGAAACCUCAUUUUGUCCUUUCUGAAAGUUCUCAAUUCAACAUUCGAAUGCCAGUCCAACCGAAGUAAUUUACAUUAUCUUCUACAGCUGAUCAAGGAUUCCAUGUUUCUGAAAAGUAUCCUCCCUGAAUUUGUUGUCAGUGCUCAGACAGAAACAUUGACAAAAUCACUUUUGGAAAACUCUGUUCACCUUAAUUCUAUAGUAAACUUGCUCCAUCAGCUGAUUACUGUCUACCCUGCGAGUGCUUUUUUGGAAGUGACUCUUCUAGCCUCAUUGGUGCAGUCGACUUCAAAUUACCUGCGGUCUAUUGGUUUCCCUGGCUCAACCGAAACCAGGAAAAGCCUCGAGAACCUGCAGGCUAUGGUUGCCGACCUGCAGGAGAAGAAGCGACUUGGGAAUUUGAAAUCCGAUACCUACACCUACUUUAAAGGGACUUACGUGGAAGACUUUAGAUGCCUUUCAAUAUAUCCAACCUAUGAAGACAUUCAUUUAAUCAACAAACCUUAUGUGAGACCCAACAUUGUCACUGGAAAAUAUCCAGAUACUGCCACAUACCUUGACAUACACUUUCGCCUACUCCGGGAAGACUUUGUUCGCCCAUUAAGAGACGGUAUUUCCAAGCUGUUGUCCUGUGACCAGAAGGAGCUACGAAAGAACAAAAUAGAUGAUAUCAGAAUUUACUUUGACGCACAUAUACUUGGUCCAUUAUGCACACGUAGCGGUGUCUUCUUCCAGAUUAAGUUUGACAUAAAGCCGCUGAAGUCCAUUCGAUGGGAGAGCUCUAAGCGACUGUUGUUUGGGUCGUUUCUUUGCCUAUCCAAAGAUAAAUUUGAAACAAUGCUGUGUGCAACAGUGGCAGACAGGGACCUUGAAGGACUGAAAGAAGGCAUCAUCACGCUGCAUUUCACCGAAGAUAGCCGGGAUCAACUGGCGGAUGUUAAUCCAAGAGACUCUUUUCUCAUGGUUGAAACAACUGCAUACUUUGAAGCCUACCGCCACAUUUUGGAAGGCCUUAAAGAGAUUAAAGACAAUGAGCUACCCUUCCAGAAAUACAUUGUGGAAGGCCAGGCUCAAAUUGCAGAACCCAAAUAUCUAACUUCAGGUCAAGCCUAUACACUUGAGCCUUUGAUGACAGACCAAUGUCUUCCAACCGCAAAACAGUCAAACAUGCCCAUGUUUGCUGCCAACCUGCUGAACUUGGGUAGUAAUUUUGAUGUGCGUGAUUUUACAAAAUGGCCUUCUAUACAGAAGUUAAACUUUGACAAAUCCCAAAUGCAAGCCAUGCAGUUGGCCCUGACCAAAGAGGUUGCCAUUAUCCAGGGUCCACCAGGAACAGGGAAGACUUUCCUGGGACUGAAAGUCGCAAAGGUGCUUCUGGCUAAUGAGAAUAUUUGGCAAUCUGGUACUGGUUCACCUAUAUUGGUGGUCUGCUACACAAAUCAUGCACUGGAUCAGUUUUUGGAAGGGAUCCUCAAGUUUCUGGACACUGGGCUGGUCAGAGUUGGAGGAAGGAGCAGUAAUAGAUCACUGUCCAGAUUUUCUAUGCACACGCUAAGAAAGCAGCAUACCUUCAGGAAAAAUCUGCCAGGAUAUUUGAAAGGUGCACAAACUGUGCUGAUUGAAGAAAGAGAAGUGAUUCAACGUGACAUUGAAAUAUUAACUGCAUCAUUGGCUGCAAGUGAGAAUGGCGUACUUCAGUUGUAUUCUUUAUCCAAAUACAUUUCUACAAAUCACAUGCAGAGUCUUCAGCUGGGAAUGGAGACCUGUGAAGAUCGUUCCGCUGGUUGUUAUGACAUACUGGAUUGGUUAGGAAUAUUACCUACAAAUGGUUGUUAUUUCAUGUUUGGAUCAACAACGUCAGAGGAAAGGACAGAAAGGGAUCUGGUGGAAAUGGACUUAGAUGCCAUGGAGGCAGAGACCGGGAGUCGCAGUGAUCUGUCGGAUGAGGAAGAAGAUGAUGAUGGUGAUGAUGAGCGAUAUCAGCUGGAUCCUGAACGUGGUCCCUCUGCUCAAUCUCAAGAAGUGGAAAGAUCAGAUUUGACAUCUUUAUCCAAACAUUAUUCAAGACCUGAAGAGGAUGAAGAGGAUUCAAACUCAAACUCCACGGAGUGGGAUACAGGAACUUCCAGUGACCUGGCUGAAGAGGAAGAUGAUGACGAGCUAAUUCAAGUGACUGAGGAGGCUGAGCUGUUGGAGGCAGACAGAAUGAUUGAAGACGAAGACAUUCAGAAACAAGUGAAGAAUGCAACUGCCCGUUUGGCUGAAAUCCAGGAUAGGUUUCUGGCCUUUAAAACUAAAGGCACUGCAUUCCUUUCCAGAUCUCAAGCUGAGAGUAACAGUGAUGGUGAAUGGGAGCAAACCAAGGAAACAAAGGAUAGGAUACGAAAAAUGGUAAAGAAACAGUUGAAGCUUACAGGCUAUAUGCCAGAAGAUGAAGCUGACAGUAUCGAUAAUGUUUGGGAACUUGCACUGCUUGAUCGCUGGAGAUUGUACAGGUUGUGGUUGUCAAAGUACCAAACUGAAACCAGACGUAAAAUAUUAAGACAUGAACAGCAAUAUCAGAAGAUUGUUAACCGCCUCCUUGAGCUAAGAAACCAAGAGGAACUGAUCAUCCUUAGAGCGGCUAAAGUGGUGGGAAUGACCACAACAGGUGCAGCAAGAUACAGAACUGUCCUGCAGGACAUUCAGCCAAGGAUUGUGAUUGUAGAAGAGGCAGCUGAAGUGCUGGAAGCUCAUAUACUCACGACCCUUAGCUCAGCCUGCGAACACCUCAUUUUAAUUGGUGAUCAUCAGCAGCUUCGUCCAAGUGCAACAGUGUAUGAGCUUGCAAGAGAUUUCAACUUGGAUGUCUCUUUGUUUGAGCGGCUGAUUAGAAUGAAAGUAGAAUUUGUCCGGCUUGAUUAUCAACAUCGUAUGCGCCCUGAAAUUGCAAGCCUGAUAACUCCACACAUCUAUGACAAGUUGGAAAAUUCACUGUCUGUGCAACUCUAUGAAAAGAUCAAGGGGGUCUCCACAAACCUGUAUUUUAUUAACCAUCAGCAGCUGGAGAAUGUGAAUCUGGAAGGAAAAAGCUACCAUAAUCCGCACGAGGCUCAUUUUGUGAAGUCCCUUUGUGAAUAUUUCAUCCAACAAGAAUACCAGCCUUCGCAGAUAACCAUCCUUACCACAUACUCAGGGCAGUUGCUGUACUUGAGGAAGUUGAUGCCAAAAAAUCGAUUCAAUGGGGUUCGGGUCUGUGUGGUGGACAAAUACCAAGGGGAAGAGAAUGACAUUGUUAUUCUGUCACUCGUUCGAAGCAAUCCGAAGGGUGUGGUAGGUUUCCUGCGGAUUCCAAACCGCAUCUGUGUGGCUUUGUCUCGGGCAAAGAAAGGCUUCUAUUGCAUAGGCAACAUGAGUAUGUUGUCCAGCAGAGUCCCAUUGUGGAGCAGUAUAGUAGAUUUUCUAUACAGAAGUGAAAAAAUAGGUCCUGCACUCAGGCUGUCCUGCCAAAACCAUCCAGAAAACCACACUUUGGUGUCGACGCCUGAAGAUUUUAAACAGGUUCCUGAGGGAGGGUGCACCAAGCCUUGUGAUUUCCGACUGGAAUGCGGUCAUGUGUGUGGCUCUCCUUGUCAUCCUUUUGACCCGGAGCACAAGCAGUAUAAAUGUCUCAAACCCUGCCAGGUACGCUGUAAGGAGGGGCACCAAUGUCCUACACCUUGUGGUAAGCCAUGUGGCAAAUGUACUGUCAAGGUAACCAAAGUCGUCCCUCAGUGUGGUCAUGAGCAACAGAUACCCUGUUCCUGUCCACCUGAAAUGUUUACCUGCCAGGUGCCCUGCACCAAAACCAUUGAGUGCGGCCACCAAUGCAUGCGGCGCUGCGGGGAGAUCUGCACAAGGAAGUGCCCUGUAAAGGUCAGUGUCACGCUGAGUUGCGGGCAUGAGAGGAAGGUGAUGUGCCACUUGCAGAAGGAGGCCGAGGCAGCUGGUGUAUCCUUGUUGUGCCAAAUGAAAUGCGGUGUGCAACUGGCAUGCGGCCAUUCCUGCCAGGCGAUGUGCUCAGAGUGUGCUGGUGGGCGGCUUCACCUUCCCUGCAGCUCUCCCUGCCAGCGAACGUUGAUCUGUGGCCAUGUGUGCAAGAAGCAGUGCUCAACCACAGAGUGCCCUCCUUGUGACCAGCCGUGUGAGAACCGCUGCCCACACGGCAAGUGUCCAAAGGCGUGUGGCAAGAUGUGUGUGCCCUGCAUGGAGCCCUGCCAAUGGGCCUGCCCGCACUCACGCUGCACAAAGCUGUGCCAUGAGCCUUGUGACCGAGCACCCUGCAACAGGCCGUGCCUGAAAGUGCUUCAGUGCAAGCACCCUUGCAUCGGACUGUGUGGAGAGCCAUGCCCCAGCAAGUGCCGCGUAUGCCAUGAGGCUGAAGUCACUGAGAUAUUCUUUGGGAACGAAGUUGACCCUGAAAGCAGAUUUGUCCAGCUGGAAGACUGCCAACAUGUCGUUGCACUGCCUGGGUUUGAUGACUGGAUACAACAGUCGGAAGAUAAUGAGUCCACACUGAAGCUCAGCCUUUGCCCUAAAUGCUCAACACCAAUUCGGAGCAACAUGCGUUAUGGAAACACCAUCAAAAGCACUCUGGCUAAAAUAGAGAAAACCAAAGCAAACAUUUUGGGAGAUGAAGAUGCUCUGAAUGACUGGAAGGACUGUCUUGAAGAAUUUCUGGGAACAAAGGUGGAAUUGUCCAAAUAUUAUUCGACAGAAUUCCUAGAUCUGCAGUUUCAACUGCAAGAGCCAAACACAAACAGGUGGAAGUUGGCUGUCCUUGGAAAUCAGAUCAGGCUCCUGUCCAAAAUUGCUUUGUUGAAAUCCAAAGGAAGUGAGCUCCUGGAAGAACAAAGAGCAAAAAUUGAGAAGGAAAUGGAAAUACAGGCAAAGUGGAUCAUGAGGAGUAGAGUUCAGUUUACUGAUCAAGAGAUUUCAAAUAUUGAAAGGGAAAUAUCAAAGCUAACAGCUCUAAGUGACACAUACUUAAAACAAAACUCCAUGCAAAAGCCACGAAGACUGAACACAAUACAGUUAACUAUCAAUGACUUUCUACAUGCACUUGAAGGCAGGAAAGCAAAAUAUGAAGAGAAGUGGUUGCAAGAGACUGUCAAUGGUUUAAAAAAAUAAGUAGCUGAUUCCAGAUGAAAAGUGUCAUGCUUGUUGAAACUUACUGCUGCAAAACUGAUGUGGCCACUGGUAUGAUUUAAAUGCAAAUGCACAUCAUACAUCUGGAUUGUUAGUUGUUAAGUGUAUGAAAUGAAACAUUGGAAUUAGUAUUAAAAUAAAUCAGGAUUUUUGCAUAGGCAAUUAGGAUAGGUUCAGGAUGGAUUUAGCCUGGAUUUAUACUUCUUCUAAAUUUUGUCAAAUUUGUUUAGAUUGUAGAGUAAAAUGUGAAACUACAUUGUACUUAGUAUCUAGAUUAUGUUAUAUCUGCGUGUGUCUAUAUUUAAUGACAAAGUGCUAGGUUAGGUAAUGAACCAGCAAUCUGUGUCCCUCUGAGGAUGGACAGAGAGGAAUUAGCUCAUAUGAGAAUAGGAGAAAGAGAUGUAUUGGAAAAUGCUGAUAGGGUGAACACAAAGCAUGGACAAUGGUGAAAUUGCAUCAUGCUGUGAUCUUCUGGACAAGAGAUGAAAAAAGAAGAAGCAGAAAGCAAGAUAAUAAAGUGUAGAGCUGGAUGAACACAGCAGGCCAAGCAGCAUCUCAGGAGCACAAAAGCUGACGUUUCGGGCCUAGACCCUUCAUCAGAGAGGGGGAUGGGGAGAGGGUUCUGGAAUAAAUAGGGAGAGAGGGAGAGGUGGACGGAAGAUGGAUAGAGGAGAAGAUAGGUGGAGAGGAGAGUAUAGGUGGGGAAUUGAGUUUGCACAACUACCUCUUGUGGGAGAGUAAUGCUUUACAUCUGCCUGAGAUUCUAAAUUAUUUAUUGACCAUCCUGACUUCAGUAGGAAUAGGAGGAUCUUUUUUAUAUUGUUAGGACAAGCAAAUAAUCUUAAAGAAUGGGACCUCAUAGGGAUUUGCCUUGUGUGGGUCAUGGCAAGGUGUCUGCAGAAUCAGGCAACAGGUGCAGUUAAGCUAUCUCAACUUUGAGACCUACCCACAUCACCUUUUCUGCUUUUCACAAGUGGCAUGGAGAGACAAAUAGACAGUGAUGAAUUGAUAAUGAAGAAAUAAUGCUGGUUAAUCACUUUGUUAUGGCACAAUUCAACUCAUUAAUAUUUAGCUUCCCAUUUUACCAAAAUUUCCAAACAAGCUAGACUUCAGGAAAUCUUGACCUUGAAACUGGAGUGAAUACCUGUUGGAUUCAGCUUGUUGCUUGCUCUGGACAACCUCCACAUUGGAAACUGGGUAUCAACAUCACAGAGCAUGCUCCCUGGGCACUGGGCAAAUGCAUCUCAAAUCUAGGGACAUUGGUAUCUGAUAUGUGCCAGCCUCCAACAACCUUUUGGACUCUUAAGGCUCAUUAAUGCUGCACCUUCAAAUGCUGGUGAAUUCUAAGAUGUCCGCCGAGCAGCGAAAUGUUCCAGUAACAAUGUAUAGUAAGGUGGGGUGGAAAUCAGAUACGUGAGACAUCAUAAGGGCACAGAGAGUAGGUACUUAAUGAUUGUGUUUGUUUGGAUAAGGCCAAAAAACUUGCUCGGCCCUGUGAUGAGAACUUUUCAAAAAACAUGACGCAGCUUAGACUUAGCAAAAUGGUGUAAGAUCCAGCCCAAGUACAGUCUGUUAAUGGUAAUAUGAAUCCCAAUGUUGUUAUACAAUAUUCAUCAGAAGAGCAAUUUUCAAUUACAGUUUUGUAUCGUGAGUUCCCUUCCUUAUAUAGAAGUCAUCACAUCCUAUUUGCUCUUACCUGGAUACGUUUAAUAAAAAUGAAUUUGCCCUGUUUUUCAGCAAGAACAUUUGAGCUGAUUGUAUGGAAGUAUAAAAAUGCCUGCAUGUCAUGCUUCUUUGUUACAUCAUAGCUUCCACAUUGUUGCAAUAUUUGCUUGAAAGAAACCAUUCCGAAGUAAAAUAUGGAUGUUGUUAGUUUAGUUUAUUGUAUUGUAAUAAUAGGGUAAAAUAAAAAUAAAAUAA